AGGUGGCCACCCAGAGCAAGGUCAGUCACCAUGGAGGAAACAGUCACAACAGACCUCUCUCUGAACUACAUGACUUCUGGAUAUGUGGACUAUGGAGAAAAUAUCGAAUACGAAUGCUCAGGACUAUCUUAUGGACUGAUGGUCUUUGCGGGUGUCUGUACGGGGAUUUCUCUCUGUGGACUUGUGGGGAAUGGGAUAGUCUUGUGGUUCCUGGGCUUCCACAUGAAGCAUAACCCUUUCACCAUCUACAUCCUAAAUCUAGCUGUUGCCGACUUCUCUCUGCUUCUCCUGUUUUUUCUGCUCCUAUUGGCAUUUUUGAGCUUAGCAGCAGUUUGUUCUUAUUUGUAUAAUUUUAUUUCUUUCUACAUAGAUUUUGUAUUCGUAGUUGAAUUUCUGUGCCACUUCUUUGACCUUAGCAGCCUGGGUCUCCUGACAGCAAUCAGCGUGGAGCGAUGUCUCUCUGUCAUCUUCCCAAUCUGGUAUCGUUGCCGCCGCCCAAAGCACUUGUCAGGCGUUGUGAGCGGGGUGCUCUGGGCUCUCGCUGGAUUUUUUGUUUCCUCGAUGUAUCUUAGCUUUAACUAUGCUGAAAGCUAUGAGUCGGUACUUGCAGGUGUAGCCAUUGCAGUUGCCAUGAUUUUGUCAUCAAUGAUGUUGAUUUCCAACCUGUGCCUGUUCAUCAAACUCCAAUGUGGCUUACAGAGACGACACCCGGGAAAACUCUGUGUUGCUGUCCUGCUCAACGUGAUCUUCUUCUUUGCCCUUGGUAUUCCUUUCAGUGUAGAGGUUUUCCUCAAUCUUCCAAGUUCGCACGAAUUACUUCCCGAAAAUACAUCUUUUCUGCUGGCGCUGCUGAACUGCAGCGUCAAUCCAGUCAUUUACUUUCUCGUGGGGAGCUGCCGGCAGCGCCGGUUCCAAGGCUCCGUGAAAGUCGCCUUUCGCCGAGUGUUCGAAGAGAAGGCGGUGAGCAAGAAGGAGAGCCGUGUGCCUGAGGACACUGUGGUGGAGACCGCUGUAUAA